GUUUGUUUGGACGCCCGCGAUAGAUUUGUAUUUUUAUUUGUGAUACGUUUUGCAUUGCCAUUCUUCUGCUGCAUUUUUACAGUUAUUUAGUUUAAAGAACGUCAACAAAAUGGCGGAUCCGAAUGGAUUUAAGCUUUUCAGAUCAGUUGAUCCGACGACCGUCAACGUGCCGAUCAAGGAGAAAUUCGCCAAACUGACGCUCUCUUCGAACAAGAAACAACAGUUAGCACGAAAAACUACGCCACAACCGAAGCCUCAGCCAGAGCAGCAAUCAACUAAAAGCAGUAACGUGAGUCGCCAACUGUUGGGCGAACUAAAUGAUCUGGCGGCUGCCAAAUCCUACGAGCAUCCACUGCUGCGCAGCGAUUCCUCAUCGUCCCACGCAAUGGGUCAGGAGCACACGCCAAAGGCAGACGACGCCAGGUCACAGCUCGAUGUGUCCGACUAUAUGGAAACGCUCCAUAUGAGCUGCACACAGCAGACAAUCGACGUGGAUGUGGAAGCCCUAUCCACGCAGGUGACCAAUCUGACAAUGCAGCCCGAGAAGGGGCUGCCGCAGGAGCAAUCCAUUUGCAUCUCAUCAACCACUGCAGAAAGUGACGACGAUAGUGCUUCGUGCAUUACCAUAUCAGAUAGCAGUGUAAGUGAGCAUGGAGAGCAGCAAACUGUUGACAGGGAGCCGGAGCAGACGAGCAUGGCGGUCAGCGAGCAACUGCCUCCAACAGCACCUAACCUAUCCAAUGUCAAGGUGCAGCGCAUAGAAGCGUUUCUGCGUGACGUCUCUUUUGAGCGUCGUGAGAUCCUACGUCGUGGCUGCGCGGACAUGUUAGGCGACAUCACACGGCUGGCCAGUGCUGACACGGAAUCCAUGAGCAUAGGCGACGUGGACUGCACGGAACUGCUGUCCGUGUCUCAGUGGCAGGCCGAUAGCAGUAAACGUCUGGCGGACAACGAUACGGAGAUCGGUCCAAUUUGCUCCGAGCAGCAAGUGGAUAGCAGCAAACGCCUCGCGCACAAUGAUACGGAGGUCAACACCGUGUGCUCCGAGGAACAAGUAGAUAGCAGCAAACGCUUGGCGGACAACGAUACGGAGGUCAAUACAGAGCUGAACACCGUGUGCUCCGAGGAGGAAGUGAAUAGCAGCAAACGCCUGGCGGACAACGAUACGGAGGUCAACACAGUGUGCUCCGAGGAUAGCAGCAAGCGGCUGGCAAACGAUGACACAGAGGUAAACACACCCGACUUGGAGGUGCCGCUAUCCGAUGUAUCCGGCCAACAGACAGCUCUGGAUGAAACUAUUCCGGAGACCAGCAGCGAGCUGGAGCACUCGCCGCCUAGACCCGUCUCUACCUCAUCGGCGGAGCCAGAGGAAUCGGUGCAUUCGGCCGCCAUACAAGUGAGCAGCAUUAAUAUAUCGGCAAAGAUCAACAUUAAGAUACACAUACCCACGCUGGACUCGAGCUCGGAAGUGGAACAGAGCAUUAUAGAAACGACGCCGACGUCAAAGGAGCGCGCUGACUCAUGCAAGCAGCAAGAGCAGAAGGAGCAGGAGCGGGAGAAGGAGCAGGAGCGGGAGAAGGAGAAGGAGCAGGAGCGGGAAAAGGAGAAGGAGCAGGAGCAGCAGCAAGAGCGAGAGUGCUCUGUGCUAGGCAGCGAUGCUUCGGAAGAUGAGCAAUUUCUGACACAAGCUGAAAAGCUGUUGAAUCAAUUGUAUGGCAAAUCCUGGCAAACUCCGGAUGUCAUACGAACACUGAAACGCUCCAGCGGCAGCGGCGGCAAAACUGCGUCCGUUGGAGCGGCAAGACGUGCGCCGCUCACCGAGAUCAAGCGCCAGCCUAGGCAACCCAAGGCAGCGACAGCUAAAAAGGCGGCCCCGGCGGCCCAGCCCAACGAUAGCGCCGUGGGCGACUUUAGCAUAUUUAGGCGGGCUCUAAACUCCAAUAAGUUCAACUCCACGCAACUGCCCAGGGCCAUCUGCAGCGAGAGGCGUCCUGGCAGGCCGCAGGUGCGCACCAAACACAUUGACGAGGAACGCUGGCGGGCCCUGAUCGAUACGGACAGUGGCACGGAUGCCUCGGAUGACGACGAUGCCAAUGCCACGGAGAGCAGUGAGGCUAGUGAUGGCGAGGAGCAGGAGAACGGUCACUUAACCUACUUGGAUCUGACCAAGAAAGAGGUCGAGGUGGUCAGCGAUCCGGAUGAGCCGGAUACUGGAUCAUCCAAGCCACACAAACGACUGGAUGAUAUUUUGCGGAAGUAUCGGGCCACAGAUAAACCGAAGCUACCAGCGACGCCAGUGACGCCAGUCACAACACCAGCCCCAUCGAAUCCCACACGCCGGCAGCUAUUUACGCCCAAUACAGGCUACGAGGACAGCAGUGAAGCUAUCAAAAUAGUUGAUCAGGCGCUCGAUCUGAAUAGUUUGGAGCAAUUGGAGCUUAUUUAUUUACCGGGCACUAACGUGCAUAAGCGCAUCCAGGAGGUGAAGAAACAGCUCGGAAUGGGAGUGGCAACGCCUAAAGCUAAGCCCGUAUUUAAGAAGCGGACACCAAGACCCACCACUCCAGCUCCAAUCAGAGCUGAGCCAGUCAUGAAUGAGAUCGUAAUGUCUGAGCCAUGUGGCUUCCUGAAGUCCCUGGAGCCACAGAUCAGCCGUGAGUUCUGUGACCGUGAAGCAUAUUACUAUCGUGAAAACUACGCCAGAGUCAAGGAUCGUCUGACCACUGUGUUAUACAAUUUGUAUAAUACUCACGUAUUCAAUGAAUCACUAGAUGUGCAAGUCUCCUGGUCGCCCAGGCUGCGUAACACGGCCGGCACUUGCCGCAACAAGACCAUCUCGGAUGGGGUGCGCAUCAGCAGGAUCGAGCUGAGCACCAAGGUGCUCACCAGUGCCGAUCGUCUUCGCUCAACUCUAAUUCAUGAGCUAUGCCAUGCCGCUGCAUGGGUGUUCAACGGGGCCACCGGACAUGGCGUCAUUUGGAAGAACUGGGCAAAGCGUGCCAUGGAAAGGUUUCCAGAUUUGCCGCCGAUUACUGUUUGCCACAACUACGAAAUUGAAUUUAAAUACACUUAUAAAUGCAGGUACUGCGGAGCCGCAUCACACGCUCACUCCAAGUCGCGCAAGUGUAGCGAUCUACGCUGUCGCUUCUGUCUUACUCCAAUUGAUCUAUAUAUAAACAAGAAAAACAAGAUGGGCGUCAUUGAACAGACUCCGGUGCGCCCACCAGUGGGCUUUGCCAAAUUCGUUAAGGAUAACUUUCAGAAGUACAAUCGUGACAAUCUUGGGGCUGCAAAUGUGAUGCGCAUUCUGGGUGCCGAGUAUGCCAAGAAAAAGGCCGCCCUUGCUAAUCAGUUAGACGUCGCCGAACAAAUGGCAAAUUUGUCUUUGACUACUGAUUAGAAAUCAAAUCGAAGAAAGCCAUUUAUGUUAUUGAUUAGAAAUUAUGAACAUUCGAAAAAACCAUAAAAAAAAACUUUAGGAUUCAGUUGAAGAUAUGUAUAUGCAGUAAACAGCUGUUUGUAUUGAUGUACAAACGUGUGUAUUUUUAGUUGACGUCAGUAUGUAAAGUACUUUAAGCAUUCGUUUAUAACUUAAAUAAACCGUACUCGAAUAAGCAACUGCAA